AUGUCAAGACAUCGCGCCGUUCGCAAUCUCGACCUCGACGAGGAGCUCGCAGAAGAUGACUGUUACGAUGACGAUCCCUACGACAAUCUCUCGCCCGAGGAUCACGACGCCAUGGCCGAAGCCUACUCUCAGACGCUCGACGUGCUCGGACCCACCAGCUCCAACGGCUUCACCGAGCGUGAGAUCAAAGACAUUCUCUGGGACGCCUACUUUGACGUGGAAUCGGCAGUGACACAGCUCGUCGAAGAGAAAAGCAGGAGAGAAGCAAAAGCGGAAAGAGACCGUCAGAAACAAGAAAGCGGCGAGAUGCAGCUCGACCACGACGAUGAACAACCGACAAUAGAAGCGUUCAAGCAUCUGUCGUUGCAACGAGACCGCCGUGCCGAGAUUCGCGCCGGUAGGGGUAUGCCGCGAGGCAAGGCGCAAGGGCUUCGCGGACUAGCAACAGGCGGCCGUGCUGGCUUGGCAAAGCGCAACCUCGCAGCUCUUGCUCCUGACUUUGUCCGCCAGCCUCAAGCAGUAGCGUUGUCCUCGUCCGUCUCUUCGGCUCCCUCGAAACCAGUGUCGAAGCUCUCGGCAUUGGCAGCAAGGUCGAGUGCCAAGCGCCCAGCGGAGACUCCUCCCCUGGAAGUUGCCAGUCGACCACGCCCCGCAUCCCCAGCCCGCACCUCAUCGCCUGAAAGCUCUUCCUCGGCUGCCAUGGCUGCUUCAGGUGCUGCUUCCAACGCUCCUGUCGCUCGCACAAGCAAACUCGCUGCUCUGGCUGCUGCGCGCAGCGGAACAAGUGCUUCCGCAACAAAGCCUGUUGCAACUGUUGCGAGAGAGCAACCUUCUUCCACAGCCAUAGCACCAGACGUUCCUCCAUCCAAAUCGCUGACCAAGCUGCAGCAGCGAAUGCUCGCCAACAAGCAACAGCGUCAAGCUGCCAGCCCAGAAGCGAAAGAGGCAGCAGCAGCACAAGCAGCAGAGGAAGAAGCCCGCGCCCGUCCGCGGACCUGUUACGGCUCCGAUCUGCCCAUCUCGGCCCUCUUCCCGACCGCCGAAGCUGAUGCCGAACGUAGGCCUUUGCCUGCUGCGAAGAACCCGUCGGGAACAGUCUUAGCUUCGAUCAGUGUCAUUGCUGGUUCUUCCAAGGAUGCUACCGAUCAGCUCGUUGCGCCGCUCUCGCAGCUCAAACGUGUGCCCGGUGGAUCUCCGUUUGCUCUUUACGUUCAAGGCUAUGACGAGGGGUCUGGACCUGCGGUCGAGUCGAAAGCAGCAGCAGCAAAUUCGUCCGCUCCGACCUCUGGCACAUCGACGCCGUUGGCACGCAAAGCAGCUGUAGGCCAGGCCGCCAAAGCAGCCGCUGCAUCCAAGCAAGGCGGGACCACGGUGAGCCAGCUUAGGAACGAGAUUGCGUCGCUCGACAUCCACGGCGGGUCUGGCAGCAGGGCUGCGUCGUCGGCAGGCUCAGCAGCGCCGAGUGCCGCGUCGACACCCUUGGGCAUUGCACACGAACGCAUCAUCGACGAAUAUCGCAGGCGCGAAAGGGAAGGCAAGGCCGAGCUCAGCUUGGUGGUCGUCGGCCACGUCGAUGCCGGGAAAUCAACGCUGAUGGGUCGAAUGCUGUUGGAGCUCGGCUCGCUGUCGCAGCGCGAAUACUCGAGCAACGAGCGCGCGUCGCAAAAGAUCGGCAAAGGAAGUUUUGCCUAUGCGUGGGCGCUCGACUCUUCGGAAGAAGAACGCGAGCGCGGCGUCACCAUCGACAUUGCGCAGGAUCACUUUUCUACGCAGCACCGCACGUUUACGCUGCUCGAUGCGCCUGGCCAUCGCGAUUUUAUCCCCAACAUGAUCUCCGGUGCAGCGCAGGCCGAUUCGGCGCUGUUGGUCGUCGACUCGAUCCAAGGCGCAUUCGAGGCCGGAUUCGGACCCAACGGGCAGACGCGCGAGCAUGCAUUGCUGGUGCGCAGUCUGGGCGUCCAGCAGCUCGUCGUGGUGGUCAACAAGCUCGACGUGGUUGGAUACAGCCACGAGCGUUACGACGAGAUUGUGGGCAAGGUCAAGCCGUUUUUGAUUUCGUGCGGGUUUGACGCGGGCAAGAUCAAAUUUGUACCUUGCGGUGGUUCUGUUGGCGAAAACUUGGCGGUGAGGGAGGAGGGAGGCGCACUGUCGGAGUGGUACAGCGGACCGACGCUGGCCGAGGUAUUGGAUGCACUUGAGCCUCCAGCUCGCCUGUUGGAUGCACCGCUGCGCUUGCCGGUGACCAACGUGUUCAAGGGGCAGACGGCGAUCGCGUCCGGUGUGGCUGUCUCCGGUCGAGUUGUGUCAGGUAUCGUUCAGAUUGGCGACCGACUUCGACCUGUGCCCGGAGACGAGUCGGGGGUGGUGCGCGCCAUCGAGGUGGACACCGAGUCGGUUCCCUGGGCCGUGGCGGGUGCCAAUGCCACCGUCUAUCUGAGUGGGAUCGACCAGAUCCAAAUCUCGGUCGGUGCGGUGCUGUGCGCACCCUCGGCGCCGAUUGCGCUUUGCGAUUCUUUCCUCGCUCAGAUCCUUGUCUUUGAGCCUACGUACCCUUUGGUCGCAGGAACGUCGAUCGAGCUGUUCCACCACAGCGCCAACAUUGCGGCUAAUCUGACGGAGCUUGUGUCCAUCUUGGACAAGACGUCGGGCAGUGUGACGAAGAAGAAGCCUAGGGUGCUGACGAAGGGGUGCACGGCGCUGGUGAGGGUGACGGUGAAGGCCGGAGGGAUGGCAGGUCAGAGCAGUGGGAUUCCGUUGGAGGACGCGAAGACGAACAAGGAGAUGGCGAGGGUGUUGAUGCGCAUGAACGGGGAGACAGUUGCAGCGGGUAUCGUGGUGGAGACUCAUGCUGCGAGUUGA